UCACGUCGCAUUCCCGCCCUUGGAUCCAUCGUGCUCCCCACGUCUCCGGGCAAUGUCGCUCGCUCCCUCGCCCGCUUGCUUUAAACCACCACGCACCUCUCAAACGAGUCUCAACUGCAUUAUCCAUCGACCGCUGGCCAUCACAUCCCUUCCAUCUACGACCACCUACGGGCGAUCAUGGCCGCCUUGCCGCAGCUGCUUCUGGCCCUCUUCCCCGCGGUGGCCGCCGUCCUGAUCCUGCUGCUGGCCUCGGCGCCGGGAGCUCGCGCUCACGCCUCCUCGUCCUCGUCGGCGACGUACCGCUGCGGCUGGUGCCCGCGCAGGUCCACCGCGUCCAUCCUCCCUCCCGACGCCGGCGCACUCACCGGUGCCGCGUGCGGCUACGGUGGCUCUGCGGCGGCGGCGGAGAUGGCCAGCGACGGCGGCUUCCACAUUGCCGCCGUCAGCGCCGGCUUCUUUAGCAAAGGUCGGGCAUGCGGCGCCUGCUACCAGCUGAGGUGCAGGGGCCGGAGCGCAUGCGCCAAGGAUGGCGUCAAGGUCGUCGUCGUAGGCGAACUGGCGGACACGAACAAGACUGCAGCUGGCCGCUUCCUGCUCACGAAGGACGCCUUCGCCGCCAUGACCACGCCAGACCGUGGCGCCGAGCUCGCCGACGCAGCCGUCGACGUGGACUUCAGGAGGAUUCCCUGCGUGUACAAGAGCAAGAACCUGGCGGUUAAAGUGGAGGAGACGAGCAGCAGGGAGAGGGGCUACCUCGCCCUCCGCUUCCUCUACCAGGGCGGACAGACCGACAUCGCCGCCGUCGAGGUCGCCCAGGCGGUCACCGGUUCGAGCGGCACCAACAACAACGCAGCACCGUUGCAGACAUCGUGGCAGUACAUGACGCAGCGCGAGGCGUCCCCGUCGGUGUGGCGCACGUCGCGCGUGCCGGCCGGUCCGCUGCGGCUCCGGUUCGUGGUCACCGCGGGCUCUGGCGGCAAGUGGCUGCGCACCGACGGGGCGGUGCUCCCCGCGGAAUGGCAGCCCGGCGCGGUCUACGACACCGGCCUGCGGGUCACCGACGUCGCCGCAAGCACCUGCGGCGCCGCCUCCUGCUCCUCCACGGACGAGGGCGACGACGCCGAGCAGCUCAGAUGAUACGCAGGCUCCACUGCAUGUCGGAGCAGGAGGUCGAGCCAGUGACCGAUCGAUGGUCCAUCGGAGCCGCCCUGCACGCCGACGACGACGCCAGACACGCACAUCUGCACCGGCCGGCCGCCGGAAUAUCCGUCGAUGCUGCAUGUACACUGUACAGAGACGUCUACAUCGCAACGCACGACAUGCAUGCAUGUGUGCACGGUCGACGACGAGUUCCGGUUAGGACAAAACCUCCAUUGUCCAGCUCUAAACAGAGGAGGUUGGCGCGUAGCUUCACGUGUGGAGGGAAGGGACUAAUGCAGAGAAGAACAUGUACAUAGCUCUGUUGUAGGUUGAUUGCAUGGGCUGAUUAAGAUUGAUCCAGUUGCCGACUAAGACUAAGUUAACUGUAUUGCAUUGUGUUGUGCUGUGUUUAUUUCACAAUUUUUCUUAAGAAAUUAAUCAAAACAAUAGAGAAAAACUAGAAGAUACCCUGCAUGUUGCCGAGGGAUGUUUUGCAUAAGUUUCAAUGAGAUAUUGUGGCACGGUUUGUGCAAUCA